AUGGCAGCACUCAAUCUGCCUCAGCUUGCCCAGCUGGCUCGUCCAGCCCCUGUGGAGCUCGCGAGGCCUCGUACGUUCGAGAAGCAUCUUGUUCAGGUCCGGAGAUCCACUCGCGUCUCGAAUCAUUCUUCCCCGGUUUACAAAGAGGUUUUUGUUGAACGAGUAAGAAUGCCCAGAAGGUCUUACCGUUCUAGUUGGCAGAAGGGUUUGUGGAACCGAACAAACGCUUCUGCUUCAGAUGAAGCCAGAGCUGCCGCAUUGCAUGAAGCCCAGGAAUUAGUGUCGGGUUUGGGAUCCGAUAACCCGACCAUUUGUCUUAAAAGACAGUUCUGCAUGGAGAACCUCUCAAAGGGUGAUGAAGUUAUGACAUUGGUAGAUGUAGAUGGCAACGAGUACCCGACUCGAUACUUGGCCCAAAGAUUUGGACUCUCUGCUGGAUGGAAAGAAUUUGCAUUUGCUCAUGAUUUGGUGGAAGGGGAUGCAUUGGUUUUUCAAUUGAUCCGGCCUACUGCAUUUAAGGUGUACAUUGUAAGAGUAAAAAGAUCCGAAGGCAGCUCAGCUGGAUCAGCUUAG